GAAAAAGUCAGCCAAGCAUCAGGCUCCAGGUGGCUCUCAAGUACUUCACUGCCAAAAGAAAUGGGGGUGGGGGAAGGAGAUCCUACGCUGGAAAACAAGUGAGAAAGGGGCUCCCCAGAAGGGAUUAGUUCAGGCUGGAAGACAGCAAAAUUCGGAAAGCUGGAGGAUACCGUCAGCGCCGUGGCCCGCGCUGCGAGCAGGACGCUUUAGCAACGAAUUUGCCAGAGCUAGAGGCGCCGGCGGCGGCUGCGGCCGCAACAGCAGCUGCAAGGAAGGGACCUGGCAGCCCCCAAGCUGGAUGCAAAGCAUCGCGCUCUCUCCUCGCUCCCCUGCUCCCCCACCCCCUUCUCUGCCCCUUUCACCCUCCCUCUCCCUGGCGUUCCCAGCAGCGUAGGGUUUCAGAUGUCCCACCGCGGGUUGACCCCCUCCCCCCUCUUCUCCACCCCUGCAAAUGAGGUUUGACCAGCAGAGGCAGAGCCCACCUCUGGCUUAGAAUCACUGACAUUUAGACUCCAGGUUUCAACCUGUUUACAAGCGGACUUUCCAAAGGAAGGGGGUGGGGGAUAGGGCCAUACAAAACAUCAGCCGCCGUCCCCCAAAACAAAAAGUGGCUUUCGGCAGCCUUCAAAUCGGCAGGCACCACUAAAAACAGAAGGGAAGAGAGGGAAGAAAACAACGGCGACUGGGUAGCUGCCUGCAGUUCUGACAACUCCAAAGGGAUACACUUGUAGAAGCGGCUCGCAGGCUGGGGCUCCGCAGAGAGAGGCCAGAAGGUGCCAACCGCAGAGGGGCGCAAAUAUCUCCCCCUAUUCCCCACCCCACCUCCCUUGGGUUUUGUUCACCGUGCUGUCAUCUGUUUUUCAGACCUUUUUGGCAUCUAACAUGGUGAAGAAAGGAGUAAAGAAGAGAACAAAGUAACUCCUGGGGGAGCGAAGAGCGCUGUGACCAACACCACCACCGCCACCACCAGCUCCUGCUUCUGCGGCCACCCACGUCCACCAUUCACCGGGAGGCUCUAGAGGCGCAGGCAGCGGAUCCCAGAAAGGAGCGAGGGGAGGCAGCCGGCUUUUCCAAGGAGUUAUGGAUGUUGGUGCAUUCACUUCUGGCCAGAUCCGCGCCCAGAGGGAGCUAACCAGCAGCCACCACCUCGAACUCUCUCCUUGCCUUGCACCAGGUCUUACCCUUCCAGUAUGUUCCUUCUGAUGAGACAAUUUCCAGUGCCGAGAGUUUCAGUACAAUGUGGAAAUGGAUACUGACACAUUGUGCCUCAGCCUUUCCCCACCUGCCAGGCUGCUGCUGCUGCUGCUUUUUGUUGCUGUUCUUGGUAUCUUCCGUCCCUGUCACCUGCCAAGCCCUUGGCCAGGACAUGGUGUCACCAGAGACCACCAAUUCUUCCUCCUCCUUCUCCUCUCCUUCCAGCGCGGGAAGGCAUGUGCGGAGCUACAAUCACCUUCAAGGAGAUGUCCGCUGGAGAAAGCUAUUCUCUUUCACCAAGUACUUUCUCAAGAUUGAAAAGAACGGGAAGGUCAGCGGGACCAAGAAGGAGAACUGCCCGUACAGCAUCCUGGAGAUAACAUCAGUAGAAAUCGGAGUUGUUGCCGUCAAAGCCAUUAACAGCAACUAUUACUUAGCCAUGAACAAGAAGGGGAAACUCUAUGGCUCAAAAGAAUUUAACAAUGACUGUAAGCUGAAGGAGAGGAUAGAAGAAAAUGGAUACAAUACCUAUGCAUCCUUUAACUGGCAGCAUAAUGGGAGGCAAAUGUAUGUGGCAUUGAAUGGAAAAGGAGCUCCAAGGAGAGGACAGAAAACACGAAGGAAAAACACCUCUGCUCACUUUCUUCCAAUGGUGGUACACUCAUAGAGAAAGGCAAUGUUUGUGGAUGCAGCAGAACCAUGGCUCUUUUGCCAAGAAUAGUGGAUAUUCUUCAUGAAGACAGUAGCUUGAAAGGCAAAGACAUGUUGCAGAUGUCUGCUUGCUUAAAAGAAAGCCAGACUUUGAAGGUUUUUGUAUUCACUGCUGACAUAUGAUGUUCUUUUAAUUAGUUCUGUAUCAUGUCUUAUAAUCAAGAUAUAGGCAGAUCAAAUGGGAUAGAAGUUAUUCCCAAGUGAAAAACAUUGUGGCCGGGUUUUUGUUGUUGUUAGGUUUUUGUUUUGAAACUUCUGAGAUAGAACUUAAAGGACAUAGAACAAUCUGUUGAAUGAAUGAUCUUCGGGAAAGUUAUUUAUGGAAUACGAACUCAUAUCAAAGACUUCAUUGCUCAUUCAAGCCUAAUGAAUCAAUGAGCAGUAAUACACGCAAGCAUUUACUGGAAAGCACUUGGGUCAUAUCAUAUGCACAACCAAAGGAGUUCUGGAUGUGGUCUCAUGGAAGAAUUGAAUAGAAUUUAAAAAUAUAAACAUGUUAGUGUGAAACUGUUCUAACAAUACAAAUAGUAUGGUAUGCUUGUGCAUUCUGCCUUCAUCCCUUUCUAUUGCUUUCUAAGUUAUUUAUUUAAUAGGAUGUUAAAUAUCUUUUGGGGUUUUAAAGAGUAUCCUCAGCAGCUGUCUUUAUCUUUUCUUUUUCUUCAGCACACCACAUGCAUGUUCACGACAAAGUGUUUUUAAAACUUGGCAGACACUUCAAAAAUAGGAGUUGGGAUUAGGGAAGCAGUAUUAGUGCCCAUUUGCUAUCAGUUGACUUAAUUUGUAUUUCUGCAGUAAUAACCAUCAACAAUAAAUAUGGCAAUGCUGUGCCAUGUCUUGAGUGAGAGAUGUCUGCUAUCACUUGAAACCAUACAUUACUCUCGAGGCUUCCUCUCUCAAUAAAUAGACCAGAAGGCCAAAUUCCUCUCUUUCAACACAUCAAUUUACCUCCAAGAAUAUACUAAAAAAAGGAAAAUUAAUUGCUAAAUACAUUUACGUAGCCUCGCCUCAUUAUUUACUCGUGAUUUUUUGCCAUAUGUCAUGGAGGUAAAGAGACUGUUCACAUCUCUAAAAACCCUCUGUAAAUUCCACAUAAUGCAUCUUUCCCAAAGGAACUAUCAAAGCAUUUGAUAUUAAGUGCAACUCUCCCAGGGACUUAAACUGAGCACAUCAAAUGUAUACUGGUAUAUGUGUAACCAUAUGCAAAAACCUGUUCAAGCUGUAUGACCUCGUCUUUACAAAACCAAAUAAAACUUGUUUUCUGUAAAUUUAAAGAGCUUUACAAGGUUCCAUAAUGUAACCAUAUCAAAAUUCAUUUUGUUAGAGCAGGUAUAGAAAACAGUACAUAAGAGUUUGCCAAUCAUCAUCACAUUGUAUUCCACUAAAUAAAUACAUAAGCCUUAUUUGCAGUGUCUGUGGUGAUUUUAAAAAUGUAGAAAAAUACAAUUUGUUCUAAAUAGUUUUAAUCAAUACCUAUAAAAGUAUAUUGAUGCUGCAAUUUUAGCUUCAUAUUUCUUGUUUUGAAAAAGUGUUUUAUUGUUUGGACACAGUAUUUUGGUACAAAAAAAAGACUCACUAAAUGUGUCUUACUAAAGUUUAACCUCUUGAAAGGCUGGUGUUCUGUGAUUCUCUUACAAACUUAUAGGUGUCAGUACUUAACCAGCACUUCCAUUUAAUCUGUUAUUUUAAAAAAUUGCUUUAUGAAGAAUUUUUUGCAUAAAAUAAUCCUAUAAAAGGUCAUAUUUUUCAAAAAAAUUGUAUUUCAGAAGAAACACAUUUGAGGCACUGUCUUUUGGCUUAUAGCUUAAAUUGCAUUUCAUGAUACUUUACUUCCAACUUGUUUUUUGGCAAACGAGAUUAUAAAAAUGUUUAAUUGUUGUGGUUGGAAUAUGGAUGUUAAAAUUCAACUGGUAAUUCAGUCUGUGAGCUAUAAUGUAAUGUGUUCCUAUCAAAACUAGGUAUCUUUUUUUCCUUUUUUAAAAAAUAAUAAUUGCACCUGACACAUAAACACAGACCACACACAACCAAAAUUAAAUGUUUGGUGAGACAAAUACACAUUGGAUGACCACAGUAACAGCAAAUAGGGCACAAACUGGAUUCUUAUUUCACAUAGCUAUUUAGAUUACCAAAGAGGCUAUGUGUAAACAGUAAUCAUUAUAGUA